CUCCAUAAUCUAGAUCUUAUGAUUGGGAUUGCAUCCAGUGGAAUUGCUGUGUAUAGAAAGCUCAUCUGCACAAGCUUCUAUCCCUGGGUGAACAUAUUAAAAAUUUCCUUUAAAAGGAAAAAGUUUUUUAUUCAACAACGUCAAAAACAUAAUGAAUCCAGAGAGCAUAUUGUUGCCUUCAACAUGCUAAAUUACAGAGCAUGCAAAAAUCUAUGGAAAUCUUGUGUAGAACAUCAUACAUUUUUUCAGGCAAAGAAGUCACUACCUCAUGAAAAAAAGAUACUGUCACAUUAUUUGACACUGGGUUCUAGAAAUCCAGCAAAAUCUGUAAACAGCCAGUACUGCAGAAAAGUUAUAGGUGGGAUGGUUUGGAACCCAUCUAUGAGACGAUCUCUGUCUGUUGAGCAUCUAGAGACCAAAAGCCUUCCUUCUCGAUCACCUCCUGUUACCCCUAAUUGGCGGAGUCCUAGACUACGUCAUGAAAUCCGUAAACCACGACACUCAUCUGUAGAUAACCUUACAAAUGAGAUUAGUUAUAUUACGGAAACAGAGGAUGUUUUUUAUACAUAUAAGGGUUCUCCAACAUCGAAGGACAGUGAUUCAGAGUUCUCUCAGAACCGUAGUCCACAGAGGAGGAAUGUUUUGGGAAACAGUCCAACAAGGAGUCCUCUGACCCGUAUCUCGCCUAAAACCUUGGCUCAGUCUCCCAAUGGACUUGGUAACUUUUCUGGCUCUUACCCAUUGGAAGGGGUGGAUAAACAGUUCUUAGAAACAUAUGAUAACGUUACAAGAAGUAGCUCAACGGAAGAUUCCAGUCAGUACUACUGUGAUAAGAAUGAACUAAUUGAGGGAGAUUUGCUUUUGGUGCGUAUCAUUCCAGAUGAAGAUGGGAAGUUUGGGUUUAAUCUAAAGGGUGGUGUAGAUCAGAAAAUGCCACUAGUGGUGUCAAGAAUAACUCCAGGAUCACCUGCUGAUAAAUGCAUUCCAAAACUGAAUGAAGGUGAUCAGAUAGUAUUAAUUAAUGGCCGAGAUAUCUCAGAGCACACACAUGACCAGGUGGUCAUGUUCAUAAAAGCCAGCAGAGAAUCUCACACGAGAGAGCUUGCACUUCUGGUCAGGCGGAAAGUAGUUAAACAGUUUGCGGAGCCUAAAUCAGAAGAUGAAGCUGAUUCCCACAAUCCUCCAGAAUCUCUUCUUCCUAUGUGUUCUGAAUAUGGUGGUGACACACUGGAGGAGUCUAUGGAGCAGCUAAGGAGAGGGCUGGAAAGCGGGACUGUCCUUAUUCAGUUUGAGCAACUUUACAGAAAGAAACCAGGGUUGGCUGUUACAUGUGCAAAGGUACCUCAGAAUAUGGACAAGAAUAGAUACAAAGAUGUUCUACCUUAUGAUGCCACAAGGAUAAUAUUGCAAGGAGAUGAAGAUUACAUUAAUGCUAAUUACGUGAAUAUGGAAAUUCCUUCUGUGGGCAUUGUGAACAGGUACAUUGCUACUCAGGGGCCUCUUCCACACACAUGUGCACACUUCUGGCAAGUAGUCUGGGAUCACAAGUUGUCACUGAUCAUCAUGUUAACGACUCUCACUGAACGAGGACGGACCAAAUGUCAUCAGUAUUGGCCUGAUCCACCAGAUGUAAUGGAAUAUGGCAGCUUUCGUGUCAGAUGCCACUCUGAAGAUUGUACAAUUGCUUAUGUUGUUAGAGAAAUGGUGAUUACAAAUGUUGAGACAGAACAACAACACACAGUCACCCAUCUCCAGUAUGUUGCUUGGCCUGAUCAUGGUGUUCCUGAUGACUCCAUGGACUUCUUGGAGUUUGUGACCUGUAUGAGACCAAAGAGAGUAGAGAAUGAGCCAGUCCUUGUUCACUGCAGUGCUGGAAUCGGUCGCACUGGUGUAUUGGUCACUAUGGAAACGGCCAUGUGCUUAAUUGAAAGAAACCAACCUGUUUACCCACUGGAUAUUGUACGGAAGAUGCGAGACCAGCGAGCUAUGAUGGUGCAGACGUCAAGUCAAUACAAAUUUGUUUGUGAAGCUAUUCUUCGUGUUUACAAAGAAGGAUUGGUUCGACCACUGGAUUCCAGUUAGCACAGCAACGAAGGAUGAAUUCUUUCUUCUCCUAAAAAGACUGCUCUUUAAGUAAAGCAAGGGCUUGUUUCUGAAAGCAACCAGAAUGGACUAGAAGCCCAUGAAAAGACAGAUGAGCACAUUUGAACUGUGGCACUUUAAAUUUCUCAAGAAGAUUGCUAAAUCAUGUACAGUAUAAUGAAGUCGUGUAGAUAAAUAUAUGGGAGCAUUUGUGUGUAAUAUGCUUUGUUCACAUAAACAGCCAUAAACAAUCAUGGAAACCUUAAUACAUAUCUUUUACUGCCUUAAAACACCCUUCACUUUGGAAUUUACAAAUGUCCUUUUGUUGCCUUUGAAAUAGCAAGAAGAAAACUCCGUAGUAUUUAAAUGAUUUGGCUUAAGAGGGUAUUUAGUAUCUUUGUAUUGUAUGAAAGUUCAUUGAAGGUGAAUUUUUUUAACUUUCUUAUUGGGAGAAUAUUCAUGGAAAAGUAACCUUAACUUAUAAAAGGCUGAUGAAGAGCUUUAAAGGCAAAUGCAUAACUACUGUACACUAAAAGCUGGAGAAAUUAAGUAUUCAUUUACCAUAAAUCUGUUAGUAAGUUUGCCAGCUGUUAUGAUAUGCU